CAUGGACUUGACCUUAAUGCUUCACAUUCUCUAGUCUUCUUGCUCCGUGGCUUCUCAAGAGCUAGAGUCUCCAGCCUCCUCCUCCUCCUCUUCUUGGCUAUUUACCUGACCACCAUACUGGGGAAUGUGACUCUGAUGCUGCUCAUCUCCUGGCACUCCUGGCUCUUCUCUUCUGUGUACUUGCUGCUCUGCAAUCUCUCCAUGAUAGACACAGGGAUGUCUACAGUCGCUCUGCCCAAGCUGCUGGCCCAUAUGAUCUCUACUCACCCAGCCAUUCCUGCGGCCCGCUGCUUGGCCCAGUUCUUUUUCUUCGAUGAAUUUGGAGUUACAGAUACACUUCUUAUAUCUGUUAUGGCUCUGGAUCUCUCCAUGGUCGUUGACCCUCUGCACUACCAGUCAGUGAUGAAUUGCCAACUCCGUGCCCACCUUCAGGCCGUGAGCUGUGCAGCGUCCAUAAUGCACAGUGUUUCGCUCCUCUUGCCUCUUUACUCGUCUGGAGUAAAGGGUGACGUUAACCUUCCCCACUUCUUCGUACCACUGGCUACUUCAUGAGCUUCUUUCUCUGACAUACAUUCCAAUGAGCCAGCUGUAUUCUUGGAGGAUGGCUUCCUCCUGCUAAGCCACCGUGCCUCCAUUGUACUAUCCUGUGUCCAUACUGGGGCCAUUAUCCUACGUUUGCCUUCAGCUGCUGGUCACUGCUGUGUGGUCUCUACCCGUGGAUCCCGCCUCACCGUGGUCAGCUUCCUCUGUGGCGCCAUCACCUGUGUCUACUUUCAGCCUCCUUCCCAGACCUCUCAGGGUCAGGGCAUUGUGGCUACCGUGAGGUACAUCACCUUUACACCUUUGGCCAGUCUUUUUGUGUACAGCCUCUGCAACGAGGAGGUCAAGAGUGCAGCCUGCUGUCCGCUUGGAUGGGGGACGGUGGACUCCUGA